AUGGCAAGGCUAUUCGCGCCGAGGGUGGAUGGCAGUUACCUGGUGCCACGAGAGUUGGUGGAGCAGUACAAGGACACGGCGCUGCGCCCCAACUUGGAAGAGGAGUUCCUGAAAGCCGGCCUUGACAAGGACCUGUUCGUCAAGCGCUCCAUUAAGAAGGUGAAGCGCCGAGAAUCCGAAGCGGAGCUUUGGGUUUCGGGACAGUUCGUGUCAGAUGGCGACAUGGAUGAGCUCGGCAUGACAGAAAAGCGGAAGAAGGCUGUUCACGACGAAUGUGCGAAGAUGAAAGGAUGGAUUAGGCGGGACCGGUACGAGCCGGAGAUCAAGCUUUACUGGCUGGAAAAGGCUGUGGAAGGAAAGGUGCUGAAACGCAAGCGCGAGAUCUACGAGGAAGAGGACAGUGAUGUGGAGAUGGAAGCUAGUGAUGAUGAGAAAGACCUUGACGUCUUCAACAUGUCAUGGGGCCUCGGUGACGGUGGACCCAAAGGGGAUGAGCCAAGAGUUGCUGGUGCUGAUCGCACCGAAGAUGUCCGCAAGAGCCUCAAGGCCAUCAGCUUUCCAGAGAUGGAUGCUGAUGGCUUGCCAUCAGCUUACAUCGUGAAGGUUGUCACUUGCCUGGGCAAGUGGAACACCAAAGCCGGGAGCAUCCAGGAGCAGCUGAAGGAGUUCAAGAAGACUGAGCGGUCCGAGAAGAUCAUGGAGAAAGCCAAGCAGCUGGUGUCGAAAAUCGAGCAACAGUCUGACAAGAUCCAGCACAUGCAAGCGGAGAGUGCGCUUGCUGGUGGCUUCACUCUGGAGCAGCAGUCUGAGAUCAAGAAGAUGUUCGACGAGUCGAAGCAGAUGCUUCCUGAUGGCAUUUGA